CGCUGCAAGCGGUCCUAGACUGGAACUAUCCAAGAAGACAGUAUUGGGAGGAUCUCCACAAAAUUACGAGGCUGAAUAGACCCGCAAGCAGAGACACAAAAACCGCUUGAGACUGCCUCAAUUCUCAGGGUUACUCCAGUUUUUUAAUGAAAGCACUAAACUUAUCUCCCUUGGCCUCAAAUACAAGGACGGUGUGUGUUGGACAGGGAUAGUGAAACCGUUCGUCACUUCCUCCAAAAGAGACAUAACUCUUUCUCCCACUAUUUUCCCUUCCAUUUGCGUCCAACAAGGUUCUGCACAGGAAGGAAGGGUCUCCUUUGCCAGGCAUAUAUCGCGACCAGACGCCGGUUUGUAGCAGUGGGAUCUCACCCUGUCGUGGGAUGUAGAAGCAGGAAAGCUGGAAAUCUCGUCUUAUGUUGCACGUGUCAGCCGCCAACAACUGUCUGUUUUCGACUUAAUAUGCAGGAACCUUGGGGCUGGAGUUGUGAACAACCAGUUCAGGAGUCGCCUCUGACCAAACAUGUUUAGGGGUCCGCCGGAAGGGGUAUCUGACUCUCUAGGCGACGGUUCCAGAACUGUCAGGCAUCACUUUUGAAGAAAAGAUAACUCUCGUCUUCCAGACUGGGCAGACGCACACGGACAAGUAUCGAUCUCUUACUUUAUUUUCUUUGCACGGCGAGUUUUAACGACAACACAGCUGGGUUGUCAAAAAUGUGGCGCCACCAUCGAGCUUUCUAGAGUACAGUCCAGCUGUCCAAAGCACGGUCCAGCUGUCCAAAACUCAGUCGAGCUGUCCAAAGCACGGCCCAGCUGUCCAAAACAUCGGCUUUUCCAAACUCGGGUGGACUGUGUUCGUCUUUUUGGUGAAUGAGGCAGGACCAAUGAAAACGUCGAAUCAUAAUGUGCAAACGGAAACUGCAUCCGACCCGAAGCCGUUGCGUGUAACCUGCAUAGUCCUCUUUCGCAUCACCGCUUUGAUGACGUCACAAAAAACGUUUUGAAAGUUGUUAGCAACGAAAACAGUUUCGAGGAACUCCACUCGUAUGAUAACAAAGACUCAAACUGGACCUUACUUUUGAAUGAACGCCACUCACGCCUUCGUACAAAAGCAGGUUCCGUGCGAGCGAGAAUCUGUUUCUCUCCUGUCAUCAAUGGUCAAUUUGGGAAAAUGGAGAUCGAAGCCACCCCUUUCUGACACAGCUAAGCUUCGCAGCAGACAGUGAAUUGGCUUCAGCGAGUUCAAAGCGGGUCAGUUGUUCUCCACCUCCAGCCACGCGGGGACUAUAAACAUUAAAAUUUCAAAUCACUUGGCACGUUAACUCCAAGGCGAGGACGAGAACCAGUGAACAAGCCUUUGCCUUUCUAUCUCUGUCUCUACCCUGCAAACUAGAUCCACGACUGGACAGCUUGAAAUCCUCACCCGACGAUUGUUCUUCCUGACCCCUGACCCCUGACCGCCGUAACCACCCAUAUCUACGUCAGAAAAUUGGAUUAUUAGUAGAAAGGGUGGAAGAUCGCUGGAGGCAGGGUGUUGCCUCUCAGCAGGAAACGACUACAUCCACAACAUUCAUUGACAAGAUCGCAGGCAACGGUGUGCGUGACCUCAUUAGCUUGCGGCGGCCUCCAGUGGCGACCUUUGUCGGUUCACCUGCACCCGGCACGCGCCCUGCCGUCGGCCGUCUGACGGACAAUCUCUAGCGCUCCCGUGCGGCGUGUCGCUCCCUCUUUCCAUCGUCACCUACCCGAGGAGCUUUGGAUCCCCGGAUGUGCAUGGCUUACGUCAUGCCUGGCCUGGCGGAGGUCUGGGCGGUACUUGGCAUUUGCUUCACAAUCUGCGUCCACCCUGGUUACUGCAACCGCUGGGCUGACUGGUGGGAUUACAACGGAAUUUCAGGACCUCAGUUCUGGGGACUUAUGAAUCCAGGAUGGAUACUUUGCUCCAAGGGACGAAACCAGAGUCCCAUAGACAUCGAUCCUAGCUCUCUGCUCUUUGACCCCAGCUUGACACCAUUGUACAUCCAGGGAGAUGAGCUAUCCGGGACUCUACAAAACAACGGUCAUGACGUCACCUUUUACGUCAACCACUCCAGCCACUCGACGCGUCAGAUGACGGUGACGUCAGGACCUCUGUCCUACACAUUCCGGGUGGACCGGGUCCGAUUUCACUUCGGCAGAAACGAGAAUGAGUCCGGUUCAGAGCACACAGUGGGAGGCCAGGGUUUUCUCGUGGAGAUGCAGAUUUUGGCUUUCAAUUCUGAGCUGUACCCAGACUUCAAGACAGCCGAACACGCACCCCAUGGGUUGCUAGCCAUUGCUGUCUUUGCUCGGCUCUCCAUGCCGGCAAUCGCGAGUUUGACGUGUUGCAGCGUGCCCUCGGGGCGACUAUCUUUAAAGGUGACUGGACCCCCCUCCCCAAGCUGAGACUUGGACGCUUGCUGCCCGUGACCGACCAUUACGUCACGUAUCAAGGUUCGCUUACUUAUCCUGGGUGUCACGAGACAGUCACGUGGCUUAUUUACAACCGUCCAGUCUACAUUUCCCAAGCACAGCUGGCCGCCCUGCAGGUGCUACGUCAGGACACCCGCAACAAUCCCGUCAUGCUCAUGGGCGGCAACAUUCGCCCCAACAGCAGCUGCACCAGCGCACCAUUCGCACCAACAUCAACUUCAGAGACAAGAAGUGUUCCAUGGCCCGCACUACAAUUUAUCAAGUCAACGAGCACGUGGCAACUCGGGACCUGCGAUGACGUCAAAUAACGGUCCUCUUGUGUCGAGGGCGCAUGCGCACGCUGACGUCACACGUGCACGUGCUUGCAGUGCGAGAGGCGGAGGUGCCUUAUGUUGACGGCGCGGGCACAUGAACUGCAAGG